GUCAAUGUCAUAAAAAUGUACUAAAGAUGCGAUUUCACUGAUUUUUUAUUAGAAAAGUUUGGACGCAAACAUUUAAAUAAGAAGAAGUGUUUAUUGUAGUGUUUAAAGUUUUAUUUGGUCCAAAAUGUCGGCAACGACAUCUUACAAUAACGAUAAAGUAGUGAUGGGUGAGGUGGAGUACCCGGCGAACGACCCAGCGUCUGGGGCGUUCUUCCAACCAGAUUAUAAGAAAAAUGAGGACCUGAAAGUGAUGUUAGAUGGGUCCAAAGACUCUCUGAAACUGGAGGCUAUGAAGAGGAUCAUUGGUAUGAUUGCCAAGGGAAGAGAUGCUUCAGACCUAUUUCCAGCAGUAGUAAAGAAUGUGGUAUCUAAGAACAUAGAGGUGAAGAAGCUGGUCUAUGUAUACCUGGUGAGGUAUGCAGAGGAGCAACAGGACCUGGCUCUAUUGUCCAUCAGCACCUUCCAGAGAGCUCUGAAGGACCCAAACCAGUUGAUCCGUGCCAGUGCUCUCCGAGUGCUCUCAUCAAUCCGCGUGCCAAUGAUAGUGCCUAUAGUGAUGCUGGCCAUCAGAGACUCUGCCAGCGACAUGUCGCCUUAUGUUAGGAAGACUGCUGCUCAUGCUAUACCCAAGUUGUAUAGCUUGGAUCCUGAACAAAAAGAAGAGUUGGUUUCAAUAAUAGACAAGUUACUGUCAGAUAAAGCGCCGCUCGUCGUCGGCUCAGCGGCCAUGGCGUUCUCAGAGGUGUGUGGGGAGCGUAUGAGUCUCAUACAUAGGAGUUACAGGAAACUCUGCUCCUUAUUAGCUGAUGUCGACGAAUGGGGGCAGUUGACGUUGCUCAACGUGCUUACCGUAUAUGCCAAGACAUGCUUCGCGGACCCUAACAGUGAGAAGUACUCGAGCGACAGCGACACGGACAAGCCGUUCUACGAGUCGGACAGUUCGUGCGCGGGGCGCGGGUCCCCGGCCAGCCUGGACGCCGACCUGCGCCUGCUGCUGCGCGCCGCCAAGCCGCUGCUGCAGAGCAGGAACGCAGGCGUCGUGCUCGCCGUCGCGCAGCUCUUCUACCACUGCGGACCGGCUCAAGAGUUGCCCCCAGUCGCCAAGGCAAUGGUUCGACUUCUGCGCGCGCCACUGGAAGUACAGAGUGUCGUACUCAACUCUAUAGCUGCGCUUACUGUUACUAGGAGGGCACUCUUCGAACCAUUCUUAAAAUCAUUCUUCGUGCGCAACUCGGACCCGACUCAUAUCAAACUACUAAAAUUGGAGAUUCUAACCAAUUUAGCUACAGAAGCAAGUGCUGGGGUGAUACUACGGGAAUUCCAAACGUACGUUACUUGUAGUGACAAAGCAUUCGCCGGGGCAACUAUACAGGCUAUAGGAAGACUUGCCGUUGCCAUACAUUCAGAAACUGAAACCUGUUUGAAUGGAUUACUUCAUUUACUGUCGAGUAAAGACGAAUGGGUGGUAUGCGAGGCAGUGGUGGUAGUGAAGCGAGUAGUGGGUGGCGGGGCCACGUCGGCGCGGGCGGCCGUGGCGCGGGCCGCUAAACUACUGCGCUCCGACAGACUGGGCGGCGCGGCGCGCGCGGCGGGCGUGUGGCUGGUGGCGGAGCACGGCGCCCGCCACGCGCGCGCCGCCGCCGUGCUGGCGCACAUGGCGCGCUCCUUCGCAGACCAGGACGAGCUAGUAAAACUACAAUUACUAUCUCUAGCAGUAAAACUGUCAAUAACCCAACCGGACACGUUACCAAUGUGUCGAUACGUUGUCUCUCUCGCACGGUAUGACGUCAGCUAUGACGUCAGAGACCGCGCGCGAAUGCUUCGUCGGUUCAUUGAACCCCAGGCCGGCAAACAAUUGAAUAAUUAUGUCGCUGAAAUAUUCUUGCCUGAAAAACCGAAGCCUGAUAUUCAGAGCAGUUUUAAAGACCGCGGUACGUUCACGUUAGGCUCCCUGUCCCAGUACAUAGGCACGGCGGCGGCCGGCUACAGGCCGCUGCCGCCCGCGCCGCGCGCUACUGUCGCCGCGCAGCUCAGGGAAGUGUCCACCGGGAACCUUGAUACACACGUCGAUAACCAUGAUGAUACACAGAAAAACAAGAGUUUCUACUCGGAGCCGGAGAGCAGUGGGUCAGGAUCUGGUUCCUCCUCCUCCAGCAGUAGCAGCUCCGAGGACUCUUCUGAAGAGGAAGAGAGCAACGCAGAUGAGAAGAAACAAGAGAAACCAGCGAAGGAAACGAAUAACUAUAGGUCAAGGUCAUCGAACUCGGGCACAUCGGAUAGUGAAUCGGACAGCGAUUCGGAAAGCGGAUCGGACAGCGAAUCUGGCGGCUCGUCCGAAUCGGCAGACAGCAGUGAGGAUGAGACUCCUAAGAAAAACGAAGUUAGUCGCGACAAAAGGCAAAACGCUCAACCACCACCGCCGAAAGAGGAACCGAAGAAAAACGAGAAAUCAAACUUGGAACUUUUGUUAGAGUUAGACGAGGUAGCGAGCUCGUUACCCACUAUGACGCCCACUUGUGGGGGAUUCUUGUCACCACCCAGCUUAGCACCACAGGGGAGUGGGGAUGCGGACUGUAUAACUCCGGUGGGUCCGUCGCUGUCCCCGACGGCGGCGGCGGAGGUGGUGUCCCGCGCGGUGUGGGGCGGGGUGUCCGCGCGCGCGCGGUGGAGCCGCGCCCCGCACCUGUACUCGCCCGCCAUGUGCGCGCUCCACCUCGUCUUCACCAACCACAGCAACAACGAGGUCACUAAUAUCAGGAUGCAUAAGAAGACGCUGACAGGUUCCCGCAACAUCCACGACUUCUCCCCCAUACAGAUGUUGGUACCCAACGCCUCCAUCACCGUCAUGCUCGGCGUAGACUUCGCAGACACUAUACAACCCAUCGAGUUUACUAUCAACAGCUCAAUAGGUGAAGUGCCAAUAUCAAUUACUCCCCCGGUGGGAGAACUGAUGCGAGCAGUGACUAUGUCGCAGACGCGGUGGGACUCCGAACACAAGAAGCUUAGAGGGAUGACUGAGUGUGACAAGAAAGCUGUGAAAGUAGAAGACGAACAACUAAUUUGUAAGCGAGUCUUCGAGACUGCCAACGUCGCUGCCAUCACUUCUACUGGAGACUUCCUAAGGUUCGCAGGUCGUAUGAUGUCCUCCCAAGACCUGGUCCUCCUGUCAGUGAGGAGUGAGGAGACUCACUCUAGGGUCACUGCCAACUGCCCCAACAUGGCCAUCGCAUCACUACUUGCCAAUGAAGUCGCUCAAGCACUAGGAAGGACCUAAAUAAAUAGACCUCUUUAUAUUGCUCAUCGGAACUAACAAGUAAAAAAAUAAUAUUGAUAAAUCAUUAAUAUACCUAUGGUAAUUUUACCAUUUUCGAGCGCGCCCGAUUACUUUCGAGCUCAAUUAGAGCCCAAGUGACCGGAUAUGUUAAUGUCAUAAUGUUAUCUUUAUUUAGUAAAAGUAUGUUCUAUCUCGAAUGUAUAAAAUGUUCUGUAAAGGAUUUUUCUAUGGCCUCAUAUAUGAAAAAAUUAAGGAAGUAGAUAUAUUAUUGAGUCUGUAAUUACUUGAAAAACAAAUUUUAAUAGACAUAUCCUAAGGAUUUGAACUGAAUCUUGCAGUGAAUUUAUGGGCACUGCCUCUUUGAGCCUUAAACGAAAGAUCUUAUGUACGAAUUCCAGCUUAGAAAUAAAGCCGGCAAUCUCACCCCUAUUACAAGGGACUUUUUAACCUGUAAAAAGUAAAUGCUACAUUUGAUAUGUGCACAGUGCCUACUCCAUUCGGGAACAAAGCUUGAUAUUUUAAUUAAAAUCGCGGGUUACUCACGUGAAUAUACUGAGAAAAGCUCAACUAGUUUCGUCGUCGCCGCGACGUCGAGCAGCUAAUGAGAAAGAACCUCUCUGUGGUUCGAAACUAGUAGAGCUUUUCUUAGUAUAUUCACGUGAGUAACCCGCGAUUUUAGUUAUAUUAGCUUAAUAUUUUGUUGAACUAAGAUUCUUUAUCAUUGUAUUCACCCGAGACAUAAUAAUAUACUUAAUUUUACCACCUAAUUAAAGUUUCAACAAGUACUUAGUUCAUUCCAUUUCUUAUUUUUAUUCUUUUCUAGUCAUACGACUGCCGUUAGCUAAAGUCUAUCUUAAGAAAUCUGACUUCAAAACAAAUAUAUGAAAAAAUAUAGAAUUUAUAAAAAAUAGUGAUGCAAUUAUAGUCUAUUUCUAUAGAAAUAAGGUAGAUAAUUGAAUCCUUCCUGUCUGCUAAGUCUAAGUACUUAUAUAUUAAAUACUAUGUUAUAAAUAAACUAUACUGAAAUAAAUAUCUUUGUACUUCUA